AUGGUGAAGACGAAGGUCAAGAAGGCCAACGAGCUCACCGACGAGCAGCUGGUUGAGGCCUCUCUGCGUUACGUCCAGACCUCACAGCCAUUCAUGUCCAGUUACGAGCUUGAUCCUGGAUACAAUGCCUCCAUACAUGUCACCGACGUUGGUACAAUUGACAUGCCUCUCAAAGAAUCGCAGGCCCGCCAAUUGAUCGCUAAAGCGCAUCCCCCAGCGCUACAUGACCAAGGAGGCGAUAUCGCCAAUGACGCUUCUGCUGGGAAGAUAUGGGAGUUGAGUCGAAGCCAAUUCGACUAUGGGGGAGGGUGGCCAGUACUCAUGGAUCACGUACGCAGUGUGGUCAACCCGGAACAUUAUCGGCGAUUUCUUCGACCCCUAGUCAGUGUCAGGGUCGAGAAGAUGGUCAUAUACGAAAAGGGCGCCACUUACAAGGCACACACUGAUAUCGAGGAGAAUAAAGGCGUGUUCGCCACUGUCAUGAUCAGUCUGCCAUCCGAACAUGAGGGUGGAGACAUGGUGUUCGAGCAUGGCGGCCAAAAACCCAAGCGCUACAAGUCUUGCUUAGAGACCCAGUCUUUUGCUUUCUGGUACACGGGAGUGUCACACAGGCUUACUCCCAUCACGUCGGGUUACCGCUGGGUGCUAGUCUUGAAACUCUUUGACAGCGACGGCCCUCAACGCCACAGACCGACAGGCCUCAUCUUCCCAGUCGAAGUUCAAAGUGUCAAAAGGGCUGUGGAGCGUUGGCUUACGACGAGUCGAGAGUCGGGCAAACACCCGUGCCUCCACUUGUUGUUAGACUGGGACUACCUCUCAGCCAACGGUCAAUAUUGCCUACCAGGCCAUGACUUUGGCCGAACCCAGCUUCUGAGAGCGGCGUGCAGCGAGCUGCCCAUCGAAGUCUUUGUUGGAUCGUUGGAGGGGAACGCUAGGCCACGCGGCAAGGAUAUCUACAGAAUAAAAACUCUGGUUGACCUUGAUGAUCACAUGGUGGCGCGAGAGCUCACACUUGACGAGAAGCACAUCCUUGACCAGCGCAGACUCAAAGAGGUCAAGGGCAAGAAGAGGGACUAUGAAAGAGAAAGGCAGUGUGAUGGCAAGAUACCGCCCAGCACCAUUGAGCCACUCACGGCCUUCUUUGCCAGGUCGUCCAUGCGCACCGGAGCCUCAAGGAGCGUGUUCGAUACCCUGCUGCAUCUCUCCGGACAGCCAGAAUUUAUAGAAGCAAUAUCUGGCAACACCUUGGCGCUCUGCCUCGCGGCCUUUGUUCAGUUUGGAGAGUUUGAGCGUUUCGAAGCGGCUGUUACGCACCACCAGAGCACAUUACCAUUAUCCCUCUUUGAAUGGCUGCGAGGCUGGGUAGUGGCUAGCCCUGACAAGGUCGUUGAGCGAUUCAUGAACAUUCGGGAAGGGGCAUCACUCGCCCUCUCAUCGUGCGAAUGUCUGGCCGACCAGCUGAAGUCCAUAUCCCGAUUGGUACCUCCCGUCUCAAGAGACUCGGCUGGUGAGGUCGAAACACCAAAACCCAUGCUCGACUGGGCUCAAGAAAUGAUCCGGUCUUGCCUGGACAGCAUGGGGUUGGGUAAAUUUGGCCACGAAGCGGGAUCGCUCAUUGCAGAUGUUUCACUAUAUUUCAGUGAUCCGUUCACCUUCCUGGAGGAAACCGCCUUGCCCAAAUUCAGGGGCAUGUCCAACCCACUCGCGUUCCAUCUCAAGCUCUUGAACCGAUUAUGGAACCUGAUGGUCAAGGAGGGGCUGCCCGAGAAGAAAUACUCGCAUCUAUUCAAAGAAACGUCCCGUUGGCUCAUUGAAACGGCAGAUUUCGCCCAAUUGUCUGGCGAAAAGUCAAAAGCCGUCAACCAAGAUGAGCUUGAAUACACGGUCAAAGAUGUGGUGAUCACCAACUUUCUCGUCAGCCUCAUCAACAGGAGCACCAAGUCGGAUGACCUCGUGCCUCUAUUCGCUUCCAAAAUCGUCACGGAUGCUCCACGGUUUCAAGCCACCGAGUUGCUGACAUUGUGGAUGCCCUUGCUUUACAAAGUCCAUGGCAAACUCAUCAGCGAUAAGAUACCCCUCGACACGCCCUGUUACCAACAGUUGUGCUCUGCCUUGGUCAAAUCUCUCGUCGACAACUUCGUCGGCCCCGAGCCUGUCGAUACUGAAAGCCAGACGCGAGGCAGCGUAAGCUGUGGCUGCGUUUACUGCACGCAACUGAACGAGUUCCUUGCCGAUUCAUCACAAAGCGUCGGUACUCUUCCUAUAGUCAGGACAGAACGAGAGCAUUUAAAAGACGAGAUCAAGUCAGCAGGCAUCGACUGCAAGUGCGAGGCAGUCCCAGGAGACAGCCCUUGCACGCUCAUGACCAAAGCGCCGUCUCCGCAGCAUGUCGAGAACUGUGAGGCCUGGGUUAAUCGGAAGAAGACUGCCUACGACCUACUGAGGAAGGUGGAAGAGAGUCAUCUUGAACAACUACUAGGUCCUGGUUACUCACUGUUCCUGGACUUGCAGCAGGAGGUAGAUCCGUCGGCGGCGCCACAACCCGUAGCCGUAGCCAAGGCCAAGCGGAAGGUCUCAGAUACUGACAUUGUCGACUUAGGUCGUGGGAAGAAGAAGAACUUUAAGAUAACAAGCUUUUUCACCAAGAAACGCGCAUUCUCGAAUCACUAUGAAGGGACUAGAGUCUAUCAUGAGAAGUACGCCAGCGGAUCAAGUCCAUAUCGAUACAUCUAUGCCCUGUUAAUAGCCAAGACGAAUAAGGGAUCCAAGUGA